AUGGCAGACAACGACUCGACCAGCGCAACCAGGCUCGCACGCCAGCGCUCAACCUCGUCAGAGAUCCACCAGUCCCGCCUCUCUGCCUCCGGACAGCUCAUCGUCGUCGCGAACCGCCUCCCCGUAACCAUCACCGCAGACAAGGAUGCGCCGGGAGGGUACCGCUUCUCUGUCUCGAGCGGUGGACUCGCCAGUGCGCUCGCAGGUGCAAAGAAGAAGAUGGACUUUGUCUGGAUCGGCUGGCCUGGCUUCGACGUCCCCGAGAUUGACCGCGAGUUCAUCACCAAGAAGCUCCAGACCGACUUCUCCUGCAUCCCCGUCUACCUCUCCGCCGAGGUCGCAGAGCGCUUCUACAACGGCUUCUCGAACAGCAUCCUCUGGCCCUUCUUCCACUACCACCCGGGAGAGAUCCAGUUCGACGAGACCGACUGGCUCGCGUACCGUCAGGCCAACUUGCUCUUCGCAGAGGCCGUUCAGAAGGAGGUCAACUCGGGCGACAUCGUCUGGGUGCAAGACUACCACCUCUGCCUCGUCCCCGUCUUCCUUCGCGACCUCCUCGGCCGAGACCCGGCCUCGAUGGGCGAGCACGGCCAGCGCGACGUCAACGCCAUGUUCGAGGGCUUGACCCUCGGUCCCCAGGCUGCGAGCAAGCCCGGCUCAAACAACCCCGCCGGCAUCAACGGCACGCACGGCACCAACUACGUUGGAGACGUCCAGAUUGGCUACUUCCUCCACACUCCCUUCCCUAGCUCUGAGGUCUUCCGCACCCUCCCCGUCCGCCGCGAGAUCCUCCUCGGUAUCCUCAACUGCGACCUCAUCGGCUUCCACACCUACGACUACGCCCGCCACUUCAUCUCGUCGUGCUCGCGCCUUCUCGGCCUCAAGUGCACCCCGAACCGCAUCGAGCUCGUCGGCCGCCACGCCUCGGUCGGCACGUUCCCGAUCGGUAUCGAGCCGAGCCAGUUCGACGAGUCCCUCGAGAAGGAGGAAGUUCAGCAGCGCAUCUCGACCCUCCGCCGUCGCUUCGAGGGCGUCAAGCUCAUCGUCGGUGUCGACCGUCUCGACUACAUCAAGGGUGUCCCGCAGAAGCUCCACGCCAUGGAGGUCUUCCUCGAGGAGCACCCCGAGUGGAUCGGAAAGGUCGUCCUUGUCCAGGUCGCCGUUCCUUCGAGGCAGGACGUCGAGGAGUACCAGAACCUCCGCGCGUCCGUCAAUGAGCUUGUCGGUCGCAUCAACGGCCGAUUCGGAACCGUCGACUGGAUGCCUAUCCACUUCAUGCACCGCUCGGUACCCUUCACCGAACUCACGGCCCUCUACACCGUUUCGGACGCUUGCUUGAUCACCUCAACUCGCGACGGCAUGAACCUUGUCGCCUACGAGUACAUCGCCUGCCAGCGGGACAAUCACGGCGUUCUCAUCUUGUCCGAGUUUGCGGGAGCAGCGCACUCGCUCAACGGCUCGCUGAUCGUCAACCCGUGGAACACGGCCGAGACGGGCGAGGCGAUCCACCAGGCGCUGACGAUGCCGGCCGACGAGAGGGAGGAGAACCACCGCAAGUUGUACCGCUACGUCUCGCAGUACACCGCGAGUCACUGGGGUACCGAAUUUGUCGCCGAGCUGCAGCGCGACCGAGCGGAGCGGAGGGCGAUUGCCGAGGGCAAGGAAGGCGACGAGAGUGCGCAGGCUGCGCAACUCAGGCGUCAGGGCUUGCAGUUGACGGGCAAGGCAUAG